GUUGCAAGAAAAAACCUUUUUUUUAAAUCAAAACGAUGUGAUUUUUAUUUUUUAAAAUUUAUUUUUUGGGUCAUUCCAGCUCGAUUUUUUAAAAAAAUGAUGGGUAACUAUCUAUGCUAUGCCUGUUGUGUCCAGAGACAGUAACAAACGUUGCCUUAGUUAUAUGUUUUGGAAGCGUAAGCAGAGUUGAGUUCCAAAAAACAAUGCUCAAGACAAGACCUACCUCUUUUCUACCCCCCCUACCAUCUCCCUCCUUCAAACCUCAACUUCCAAACCUAAAAAGAACAUCAAACCCUGACUGAAAAGCUUGUCUCUGAUAAACCAUGCAAAUCCAAAAACCUAUUAAAACAAAUCCACACACAAAUGCUUAUAUGCUCAAUACCAAAGCCCAAUUUCCUUCUUUCCAAAAUCAUUGACCUCAAAGACUUGGCCUAUGCAUCCAUUGUUUUUAAUCAACUCACCAAACCCAAUAUUUAUGCCUUCGAUGUCAUGCUUCGUGGGUUAACAACCACAUGGAAAAGCGUCAGGGAAUGUUUGGGGUUUGGUUCAUGGAAAGAUUGGUCAUUGUCUGGUGUCCAAGGCUGGUAUGGAUGGUGAUGAGUAUGUGAACCAUUCUUUGAUUACAGUGUACGCAAGGUGUGGUGAAACGGGUUUUGCACGGAAGAUGUUUGAUGAAAUGGGUGAGGGAGACUUGGUGUCGUGGAAUUCGAUGAUUUCGGGGUAUUCUACGAUGGGUUUUGCUAAAGAGGCAAUUGCGUUGUUUAUGGAAAUGUCUUCCCAGAUGACGUUUGUGAGUGUUCUUGGGGCGUGUGGGGAUUUGGAUUUGGGCAGAUGGGUGGAGGGGCUUGUUUUGGAGAAGAAGAUGGAGGUAAAUUCGUAUGUGGGGUCUGCUUUGAUUGACAUGUAUGGUAAGUGUGGGGAUUUGAUAUCUGCGGGGAGGGUCUUUGAUUCAAUGCCAAACAAGGAUGUUAUCACCUGGAAUGCCAUUAUCACAAGUUGUGGUCUUCAACCUCCUUGAGCCUGGGAACAUCUAAAAAUUAAGCAUUAUGCGGAGAGCAAGUUGGUACACCGAUUGACCAAACUGGGAGGAUCGGCUAAAUUUUACAACAUGCUUAAUGCGGCACUGGAUAUUUUAUUUCCAGAUAUCAUAUGUAAGUGCUGUUACGUAGACCCUUAUGGGACAGUUACUGGCAUCUAAAGUACUUUUUGUUGAGUUGAAAGGUUUUCUUGAUGCGUGUGAGAAGUCAAGGUGUGGAUCUUCUUAACUCUCCAAUUGCUGAGAAUUCUCCAAGUGCUCACAAGCUUAUAUACAAACAGUGAAAUAAAUUUGAAUUGAUAUUUGUGUUGUAA